AUGUCGCUGUCGGCUCCCUCCCUCCAAGCUCCUUCAAAAGCACGUUCGCUUUCCACUUCUCCAGCGCCACGCGUCGCUUUCUCAGAACACUUAUCUUCACGGAUCCGCAGAACCCCACACCAACCACAAAAUUCCAACACAAAACUUUCCAUGAUCCGAAACACACGAGGGUCGGGUCGCCGGAUUCUAACUUUCCCGGCGGUUCAUCCAUGCGAGAGUAUCACUCCCUCUAUCCUUCUCCCUUCACUCAUCACUCUCUGCAACGCUAUUUCCUCUUUCCAGCACAGGUUCUCGUGUUUCCCUUGCAACAAGCGAAACGCGAAAAACGCGAUUCGUUUGAUCCGGCUUCUCCAACCUUUCCUUCAUGAAAUCCGAGACUGCCAUUCGGGUCUUCCUGACCCCGCAACCCUGAGCCUCUCCGAGCUCCAUUUAACUUGCCAGAAGCUUCUUUUCCUUCUUGAAGAUCUCGCUUGUGAAGGUGCAAAGCUUUACAUGUUGAUGGAAUCGGAUCGGGUCGCCUCUCAAUUCCGGGUCAUAUCCAGAUCCGUGGCCACUGCUUUGGACGUUUUCCCUUUCGGUUCUGUGGAGAUCUCUGAAGAAACUAAAGAGCAUAUUUUUCUUCUCAAUGAACAAGCAAGGAAGGCCAGGUUUGAAUUUGAGGAAGAAGACAAACGGGCUGUGAUGAGAGUCGUGUCGAGUUUGACCCGGUUUGAGAACCGGGUUGCUCCGGAUGAGGGUGAUCUGAAGUGGGUCAUUGAGUAUAUAGGUGUUAAAGGGUGGAGUGAGUGUAACAAAGAGGUGAAGUUUUUGGAGGGAGAAAUUGGGUUUGAGGGCUUCGAUGAGAAGAGGAAUAAGGUGAUACUUUUGUGUAGUUUGGUGGGGUUCAUGAGUUGUUGUAGAUGCAUUGUGAUGGAAGUUGUUGACUGUGAAGAGAGUAGCAAAAAAUUUGACGGGAAAAGAGAAAGUAGUGUUGAAAGUGAGAUUGAUCUGAGUUUGAGUGGUCUUAACUCAGAUGAUUUUCGAUGUCCAAUCUCUUUGGAACUGAUGAGUGAUCCAGUUACAAUAGAGACAGGUCAUACAUAUGAUCGUUCUUCAAUUCUGAAGUGGUUCAGACGUGGGAAUUUGACGUGUCCCAACACGGGUAAACGGCUUAUGACCACUGAAAUGGUUCCAAACUUGGUGCUUCGGAAGUUGAUUCAGCAAUAUUGCUAUGCGAAUGACAUAGGCAUUCCCUUUGUUGAUUUGGGUCGCAGGAAUCGUGAGAUUACUGGGAAAGUGGAGCCUGGGAGUGUAGCAGCAGAGGGAGCAAUUAGAAUGUUGGCUAGUUUUCUAAAAGGCAGGAUUGAGAAUGGAAGUGAGGAAGAAAUGAACAGAGGUGCAUUUGAGAUAAGGCUUCUUUCCAAGACAAGCGUUUUUAAUAGGUCUUGUUUGGUGGAAGCUGGUUUGGUUCCUCUUUUGUUGAGGUUGUUGUCAUCGAGAGAUUCGUUGACUCUAGACAAUGCUUCUGCUGCCCUUCUAAACCUCUCAAAAUGUUCAAAGAGUAGAAGUGUGAUGGUUGAGAAAUGGGGCCUGGAAUUGAUUGUAGGGGUGCUAAAGAAGGGUGUGAAGAUUGAAGCUCGCCAGCAUGUUGCUGCUGUGUUGUUUUACCUUAGCGUUGAGUAUGGGCACUUGAUAGGGAAGGAGCCAGAAGCAAUUCCAUCAUUGAUAAUGCUAGCCAAAGAUGGCUCUUAUCGAAGUAAGAAAAAUGGGUUGGUUGCUAUUUUUGGCCUGCUUAAGGACCCUGAAAAUCAUAGGAGGGUGGUUGAAGGUGGAGCAGUUCCUUUGCUAGUUGAUAUCUUGAAAGGAUCUGAGAAGGAAGACCUUAUCACAGAUUCGCUAGCAGUUCUAGCAACUCUGGCAGAGAAGAGUGAAGGAAUGAUAGCAAUUCUUGACGGAGAGGCUUUGCAUGUAGCUGUUCAAAUGUUGAGUUGUUCCACCUCGAGGGUGGGGAGGGAGCACUGUGUGGCUUUACUGCUUUCUUUGUCACUAAAUGGUGGAGAGGACGUGGUUGCUUAUUUGGUCAAGAGUCCUUCUCUUAUGGGAUCCUUGUAUUCCCAACUCAGUGAAGGCACACCUCGAGCAAGCAAGAAAGCCAGUGCUCUCAUUAGGGUCCUCCAUGAUUUUAACGAAAGGAGGUCCUCUAGCUUUAAGAUUUCAGUUAUUCCACGAGAACAGUUCAUUCAUGUUCGGUAA